AGCUGAAGUGUCAAAUGAAUGUCAAAUUGAGGAAUAAAUUGCUUUUUGUUGAAAAAAUGGGUUUAGCACAACCAACAAAGCGUUAAAAGUUGUUCCUUUUGAGAUUCAACGAUGGCAUGCUUAGAUUUUGUCAUCCUAAAAGUAAAUGGAGUGGAUGUGAGUGGUGUUAGUCAUGAGGAAGCCAUUCGCGUCUUCUUGUCAGCUCAUGAGCCAAUAACAGUAGAAGUUAAGAAACGCUUAAGUACACAGAAACCAAAUACACCUGAAGCCAAAAGUCCCAAAAGGGUCUCCGUUGCCGUACAAACGGACGACAAGACUGAUACUGACAGUGGCGCCAUUGCGGAGGAAGAUGAACCAUUGGAGGAAUUGGAAGAUGAAGAUGUGGACAUUGAGGAGGUGACGCUUCGAAAGUCCGAGUCAAGUGAGAGAAUAGGCCUUACGGUGACCUAUGUUGCACCAACUAGGUGCUCUGUAACACCACCAGAUCUAUCCACAGAAGUCUACAUAAGCAAUAUAACCCCGGACAGUGUGGCUGCCCGAGAUGGACGCCUCAGGCAAGGAGAUCAGAUCCUUCAGGUUAACGGGUGCGAUGUGAGCGACAAGGAGGAAACUGAAUCACUUUUUGCAGAAAACCCAAAUGCCGUAACACUCCUUGUGAGCCGAUGUGCCAUUUUGACGCCACCAGAGGUGAAAAUUGCAGCGAUAACAAGUGAAAUUGAUGCAUUGGACCUACGUGUUGAGCGCCUCAUGCGAAAACCCUCAGUUGAGCACAUUUAUGAGACAAUACCGGAAGAUGAGACCGAUCCUGAACCCAUCUACUGUUCCCCACAUGAUUCUGAGAGCGAUAGAGCAGCACAAAAAUGGCGCGAUCAGUUGGCAUUUGAAGUUUAUGCUGAUGCUUCAAGGGAGCAGCAGGAUAAAGUAAUUCUGGGACAGAUCAACAGAUGCCGCUGGUGGCGACCAGCUUCACAUGAAUAUGUGGAACUACCUCCGAGCCCUCGUAGGGAAAUGGCAACUUCAGUUAGUUCACACGAAGUCACACGUGUCUCCCGGGUGCGUCCUAGUGCCUCAUCGGCAACCCUUCCUGCUGCCACGAUCUACACGAGCCCAGCUAAUCUGGAGAAUGCCAUUGCAUUCCAGGAGCGUCUCUACCGUCGUGCAAUGCAGCAACGCCCUCAGGCAACAUCAACCGAAACAGCCAUGGAAUGGAAGGUCAAGAGGCGACACGAUGGCACCCGAUACAUCGUCCGGCGACCUAUUGAGAAUCGCCGUCAGAGGGAUACGCGCCCAAAGUGUCGCCGGAGGCACCAGGAACGCCCAAGAGCGGAAAAUGUUGGACUACUGUCCGUGACAAUUGUUUAAAAGAAAUAAUUAAUAAAACUACUAUAUAUACAACAAAAUACCAAAA